AUGGCGAAACGCAAGUACGCACUCGAUGCGCUGUCUUUGAUCUUCAGUUGUAAGGCAAUCCCGCGUCUAAUCCGCACCCGCCUCACCCGGAUUUCAAAUUCAACCGUGGCUUCAAUAGAAUCUUGGGAGGCUUCGAAGAAGCGUGCUAUAGAUACACCAAGGAAUAAGGGACUCCAGACGGGAUCAUACCUUAAAAUUCUUUCGAAAGCGCAUUACGCUAUUUUAAAGUCUUAG